AUGAGAGGGAUUAUUUCCCGGGGAAGAAGUUCCUGUGGGGCUGUAAGAUCUCCGAUGUUUAGCAGAGGAAUUCUUCUUACUGCUGAUUUACAAUCAAGACUUGAUCAAGCUCCUUGUCACCCAGUGGUGGUUGUUGGAGGAGGACAUGCCGGGUGCGAGGCUGCAACAGGGUCUGCGCGGUCAGGUGCCAAGACAACGCUUAUCACGCCUCACGUCGACAAGAUCGGGACCGCUUCGUGCAACCCGUCGAUUGGUGGGGUAGGUAAAGGUACCCUUAUUAGAGAAGUUGAUGCCCUUGACGGGGUUGCUGCAAGGGUCACCGACAAGGCUGGGAUCCAUUUCAAAACGUUGAACCUCUCCAAAGGUGCAGCAGUCCAUGGGCCCAGAGCCCAGAUCGACCGUAAGAUCUAUCUUGAAGAGAUGCAACGAGAAAUCUUAAAUUACGAGAAUUUGGAUGUCAUGGAAGCACAGGUGGAGGAUAUCAUUGUAGAACAAGCCGUUAAGAACGAGACAGAUGUAUCUGGUAGACUCUUUGGUGCAGUAAGAGGUGUCAUCUUGGGCGACGGCCAGGUCUUGAGAUGUAACCGAGUAGUGGUAACCACGGGUACAUUCCUUGGAGGAGAGAUCCACAUUGGGCUCAAGGCAUACCCAUCGGGUAGACUUGGUGAAGACGCUACAUUUGGCCUUUCCAAGACGUUCCGUGACGCGGGCUUCAGAUUGGGUCGACUCAAGACCGGAACUCCACCUAGACUUCUUGCAUCCACCAUAGAUUACUCGUCUUUGGAACCUCAACCAUCAGAAUAUCCACCAACACCAAUGUCGUAUAUGAAUGAGAAAGUUGCCCUUGAAGAUCAACUAGUUCAAUGCCACAUGACAUACACCACGCCGCAAUUACACGAGCUCAUUUCCAACAACUUGUCACAAUCGAUCCACAUCCGUGAAACCGUCAAGGGUCCACGGUACUGUCCAUCACUUGAGCUGAAAGUGAUUAAAUUCCCACAGAAACAGUCUCAUUUGGUUUGGCUCGAACCAGAGGGGUUGGAUACCGACUUGGUGUAUCCGAACGGGAUUUCAUGUACCAUGCCCGAGGAGAUUCAACGUGAAAUGGUGAAAAUGAUGCCUGGUUGUGAAUCUGUAGAGAUGGUUCAACCUGGGUAUGGGGUCGAAUACGACUACGUGGAUCCACGUGAGUUGAACCAAACUCUUGAAACUAAACUUGUCAGUGGACUUUAUCUUGCUGGACAAAUCAAUGGGACCACGGGAUAUGAAGAAGCUGCUGCCCAAGGUUGUUUAGCCGGAAUCAACGCUGGUUUGCGCCACAUGAAGCGAGGAAAGUUAGAGUUGCUGCGUGCCGAUGGGUACUUGGGGGUGUUAGUUGAUGAUUUGAUCACAAAGGGGGUAGAGGAACCAUACAGAAUGUUUACCCUGAGAUCUGAAUUCAGAAUUUCUAUCCGUGCCGAUAAUGCAGACAUGCGUCUCACGGCCAAGGGCUAUCAAUUGGGAGUAGUUGGUCAACGUCGUUACGAUCGAUUCUGUUCUGAAAUGACUCAAUUCAAUGAAAUCAGAGACCAUUUAACUUCAGUGGAUCUUCCCGGGGCCAAGUGGAAUGCUGCACUUGAUGGGAAGACAACAAUGCAAUACAAUAUGAUGUCCAAUGGUUGGAAGGUUCUUUCACACCAUGGGGUUGGCGCUCGCGAUUUGGUCCCACAACUUGCUAAACUCACCGGGAAAGAUCUCCCAGCAUGUUACGAGGGGCUUAGCGAACGUCUUAUUAAUCGUAUCAAUGUCGAGAGUAUGUACGCUCCUUGGAUGAAGCGUGAACGUCACCAUGUGAAGGCUUAUGCCGCUGACGAAAAUCUUCUUCUCCCAUUGAACUACGAUUAUACCAGCAAUAGUAAGAUGAAAAUCUCUUACGAAGUUUCUCAUUUGUUGAACACUAUUCAACCAAGGACCAUUGGACAGGCCCGUAGAAUUCAAGGUGUAACGCCCGCUGCGAUUUUUGAAUUAUUCCAGUUAGUAAAGGAUAAGCAAAAGGUCUUUGAGGGCCAAAGGAACGAAGGAGGUGAAGCAGCCUUGUAA